UUAAACUCUCCACCUUCACUCUCUACCUUCCUGACGUGACUCCUCUCUCUCUCUCUCCCUCCAUCAAUGGCCACCACAAACUCUCUCCAACACCACCACCACUCCUCCUCUUCUUACCACCGUCACAAUCUCCAUCCCCAGUCUCACGUCGUACCAUCUUCUCUCUCCCUCAAACACCCCUCCUCCACCGCCACAUUCUCCUCACUCAUCUGCUCCUCCUCCUCCUCCUCCGUCUUCUCCGCCGCUCUCACCACAAACGCCUCCUCCGUAACCGCAGAAACCUCCACCGAGUUCGACGUCCUAGCGACCCACCUCACCAACCAAGACUUCCGAAAAGCAGACGAAGAAACCCGUCGCCUUCUCAUCCAGAUAGCCGGAGAAGCCGCCGUGAAACGCGGCUACGUCUUCUUCUCCGAGGUGAAAUCUAUCUCCGUCCAAGAUCUUCAAGCCAUCGACAACCUCUGGACCAAACACAGCGACGGGAGGUUCGGAUACAGCGUGCAACGCAAACUCUGGUUGAAAGUCAAGAAAGACUUCACGAGAUUCUUUAUUAAAGUCGAGUGGAUGAAGCUUCUCGAUACGGAGGUGGUUCAGUACAACUACAGAGCUUUCCCUGACGAGUUCCAGUGGGAGCUUAACGACGAAACGCCUCUUGGACACUUGCCGCUCACAAACGCGUUAAGAGGAACGCAGCUUCUGAAAUGCGUUUUGAGCCAUCCUGCGUUUGAGAUAGAUGGCGAUGACAUCGAGGAAGCGGGAGAAGCUGAGAACAGAGGUGUGGGUGGUAAAGCAAAGACAAAAGACACGACAGUGUUUAAAACUGAUUACAGCUUCUGAUGUCUUUUUUUUUUUUUUAAUUUAUAUUUGCUUCCCAAUGGGAUUAUGAAUGUAUGAACAUGAUCAAAUCAUUAGUUAAUGAAUAUAAACCUAAGGUCUUUAUUGGUUUAUCAA